AUGAGGCAGUACUCACUUGCCUUCUCAUUUUUGCUCGUUCUCUGCCUUGUUAGGUUCUCUAAUGCAUCUCUCCUGCCAUUCUCAGACCGUCCUGGGAGUUCCCUUACUGAUCUGUGGCUGGAUCGUUUCCCAGACCCCUUUAGGGUCUUGGAACAGAUCCCACUUGGGCUCGACAAGGACGAAUCUGUGGCACUCUCUCCAGCCCGAGCUAAGCUUGAGAAUGGGGUGCUUACUCUCUCACUUGCCAAGUUGUCCCCUGACAAAAUCAAGGGUCCUAAGGUGGUUAGCAUUGAGGGAGGAGAAGAACCAGCCAAGCUCAAGAGUGAUGAGGCGAAGCAAGAGCUUUAG